AUAUGAACCACUUUUUUACAUUUCAAAUAUUGUAAAUGUGCUGAUAUUUGGUGAAACGGGAAAAUAUCAUUUCUCGGGUCCGAUAUCGCCUGAUAAAGUAUGGAUGUAAUUGGCACUUUACCUUGGGACAUAUCGCUCCGUCUAUGAAGGACUUAAAACCGUUAUACACGAUCAAACAAUGUUCCACAUACCACGCGUUCAAGCGGUUUAUACCAGUAGUACGAAACGGACCUCAACUACGGUAGAAAAAGUAACUUAAAAAUUAAAAUGGCGGAGAUAUUGCCGAUCACAGUUUGCGUUUGCAAGCGUCGAUUGCGUUUGUUAAAUGCGUAUGCAAUGUGAUUGUGAUGUUUUGUUCAGGAAACUAAAUGUAAUUCAGUGACAUAAUUAAGCUAAUCUUGGAGUUUAUAUUAGUUUAGUUAGUGAAUUCGUGACAGACUUAAAAAAUUGUCUCUACGUAUAGUUUAGGUUAGUAAUCAGCAAGCAGUUUUAUAUAGAAUUUAGCAAAUUCAAAUUAUUUGACAUGAUAGUAACAAAUUGGCUUAUGUCCAUCAUCGGAUAUGUCUGUGCACUAUAAGUUCAAAAGUGCGCUAGAUUAUGACACGGUUACAUUCGAUGGUCUGCAUAUAUCAGUAGGAGAUUUGAAAGCUGCUAUUUCCCAGCAGAAAAGGAUUGGAAAGACAUCCGACUUUGAUCUGCAAAUAACUAAUGCUCAAACUAAGGAAGUGUACAGUGAUGAUGGUACUUUGAUUCCCAAAAACACAUCACUCCUAGUGGCUCGAGUACCACUAUCCCAGCAACCUAAGAAACAGUGGGAAGGCUCUAACAACAAUGCGGCAUUGCACAAAGAUGUCUCUGUUAACAAAGGGCUGGCCGAUCUGUCUCGCAUGGAAGGUAGCGAACAGGAUAAAAUAAAUGCUAUGAUUUCUCAGUCCACUUUUGACUACGAUCCUAGCAAUUAUCAAAAAAUUAGAGGACAAAAUCAGAGAGGUGUAGUGCCAUCAAAUUAUGUUUGUUACAAGUGCCAGAAACAUGGACAUUGGAUCAAGGAUUGCCCUAUAGCUAAUUCAUCUGACCCAAUAGAGAUAAGAAGAAGUACAGGAAUUCCUCGUAGUUUUAUGGUCCCAGUUGACGGACCUAAAGCCCCAGGAGCCAUGAUGACCCCAAGUGGAACCUUUGCUGUGCCUGCCGUUGAUCAUGAGGCGUACCUGGCGUCGGAGAGCGCGGGCGGCGCGGAGGUGGCGGCCAACGCGCCCGCCGCGCCCGAGCCCACCAUCCCCGACGAGCUCAUCUGCAGCCUGUGCCGCGACCUGCUCACCGACGCCGUCAUGAUCCCCUGCUGCGGGAACUCCUUCUGUGACGAGUGCAUAAGAGGAGCAUUGUUGGAGUCUGAGGACCAUGAAUGCCCAGAUUGUCGCGAAAAGGAGAUCGCGCCUACAACAUUAAUUCCAAAUAGGUUUUUGCGUAACUCGGUGUCGGCGUUCCGGAACCAGACGGGCUACAGCCGGCGCGCGCCGCACCGCCCGUCCGCCGGGCCGCCGCCCGUCGUGCCCCAUUUAGAACAACCACCACCGGUGAUGCCAAUGCAGCAGCCCCCGAACGGCCCGCCGCCUCCACUGGCCAACAACGAUGUGGGCGGGCACUCGUCGGACGGCUCGUCGGACAACAUCACCGUGCUGGUGCCGCCGCGCUACACGCACCGCCGCUCGCGCCGCCCAGACCACGCCCCGCGGCCGCGCACCAGACACGGACCGCCAGUUUUGAAACCUCCUGGCAUGGAUGAACCUCCCAACUUGCCCAUGAAUGUACCUCGAGUUGACGAGCAGCGUGCUAGCACUCCAACUAUUGACGAAGGAAGAGAUCCUAUGGCAUCUCAGGGAUCGUUCAAUCGUGGCGCGCCGCCACCUUUCGUUCGAGGAGUCCCGCCACCAGGACACAGAUUUAACGACCCCGGAUACUCGCGGGGGGCGGGGCGCCGCGGGCCCCCGGGGCCCCCGGGGCCGGGCCGGCCGCCGUACGAGCGCUUCCCGCCCGAGCCCUACCAGCCGCCGCCGCCCGGCAUCAAGGACGAGCCCAACGGGCACGGCGAGGACCCGCUCGAGGCGUUCAACCGGAUGAUCCGCGAGAAGGAGAUGCGAGCGGCGCGGCGCGAGAACUCGCGGCGGCGCCCGCCCAGCGGCUCCCCGCCGCCGCGCCGGCGCGGGCCCAGCGCCUCCCCGCCGCCGCCGCGGCGCCGCGGGCCCAGCGCCUCGCCGCCGCCGCCGCGCUCGCGCUCCCCGCGCUCCCCGCGCUCCCCGCGCAGCCCGCGCAGCCCCCGCAGCCCGCGCAGCCCCGAGCCGCGCCGCCACCGGUACUCUAGGUCGCGCUCGAUCUCGCGCGGCCGCCUGCGCCGCUCGCCGUGGUCGCCGCGCCGGCGCCGCACCCGCGACCGGUCUCUGUCCUUGACGAGGUCCCCAUCCCCUCGUCGCCGACACCGCUCGCCGCUGCGUUACCGCUCACCGCUGCGCUCGCCGCUGCGGUCCCCGCCCCGCUCUCCGCUACGCUCUCCGCUACGUUCCCCGCCGCGUUCGCCGCUCCGUUCGCCGCCUCGAUCACCGCACCGCACCCCGCUCCGCUCGCCGCACCGCUCGCCGCAUCGCUCGCCCCUGCGAUCGCCGAUGCGCUCGCCUCGUAGGUCGGCGAUGCGAUCGCCGCCGCCUAGAGCGAUGUCGCCUCAUCGGUAUCCUGGAUUGUACGACGAGCUGCUGUCGCCGCCGCGCCGAAACGUUGAGCCGCCGUACGGACCCAGAUAUGGACCAAGAAACAAUGGCCCUCCGCCAAUGUAUCCUAACAUGGGGCCAAAACCCAUUCCACCAUUAUCGAGUAUUCCUAUUCAGGAACCGCCUCCAGGGUAUCGCGGUCGAUAUGACGGCCCGCCUUUUGAAGACAUACCUCCUGGACUUGAACCUCCAGUGCCUGGAUUUGAGCCUUCGCCUUUCGAAAAACCACCUUAUGCCCCACCUGGACCAAUUGAUCGUGAGAGGAUGCCGCCAUCUAAUUAUCGAGAUCCUUACAGAGCACCUUUUGUAGAAGGUCCCCCAGGGUACAGGGAUAUGCCGAUGCCGCCUGCGCAAAACGAAAUUCCCGUUCACGUAGGCGAUCCACCUCGAUACCGUGACAACUAUAGAGGCCCCGGACCGUACCGUGACCAGGGCCCGAUGCCGUACAGAGACGGACCACCUUUCCGUGAAGUGGGCCAGGCCCCACCAUUCCGUGAACCUGGUUUUAGAGGAGGACCGCCGGCGCCCUUUAGGGAAAAUUUUAGGAAUGCUCCAUUUAGGGAAGGUGGUUUUCGAGACAAUCCACCACAUGGUUUUCGUGAAGGUCCUGUACCGUUCAGGCCGCCGAGUGUUGACCCAAGAGAACCACCUCCUGCGACUUACCAUGAUCCAGCUUUCCGUGAUGGUUUUAGAGAUGAAAACAAUCCGGGAAGAGAAAUGCGUCCUGGUUAUAGACCGGGGGUUCGUAACAGAGGCCCUUCAAGACGCAAUCCUAACUUUGAGCAGGAUAGACAUAGAGAACCAGAUGGUCGUGAUAGGGAACGCUAUGGGGAUAUUAGGGAUCCCGCUGAAAGAUCGCGUGAUAUGGAGAAAAGAGACAGACUCCGUGAAGACCGACCUCGUGAAGAACGGUCUCGUGGUGAUAGACCUCGUGAUCACGAAAGGAACCGAGAAUAUGAAAAGGAGAGAGAACGUGAUCAUGAAAGAGCUACACCCGAGAAAAAAGUUCGUGGGUCACCUAAACGUAAUCGUGACACACGCGAUAAGCGGCGAAGCGAAUCUAGAGGUCGCUCUCGUGAUCGAGACCGCGAUGGAAAGCGAGAUAAGAAAGAAGAGAGACUUCGGGAUAAAACGUCUUCCGAAAGAGCUAAAGAGCACAAAGAAAAGGAAAAGAAAUUAAGGGAUAAGGAAAGAAAGAAAAAGAAGAGAGAAAAAGAGAGAGAAAAAGAAAUAGACAAAAAGAAAAAACGAGAGAAAAAGGAUAAAAAAGACAGGGAUAUCGUUAAAAAAGAGGACAAGGAAGAUAAAGACGAAGACGAAGUUGAAAAAUCUAAAAAUAUAGAUGACGCCGUAGACGAGCAAAAUAAAGUUGAUAGUGAUAAUGUUGCCGAUGAAAACAACAAGAUAAACAAUGAACUUGGUGAAAACAAGGUAGAGGAAAAACUUGACUCUCCGACGGGAGUAGUAAAAGACGAACCUCAAAAUGAUUUAUAUGGCGAUGAACCUGCAGAAGCAAUAGAUAAAGAAAUAAUACAGAAUUACGUUAAAACUGAAGAUAAGGAAGGCGGUAAAGAGGAAGCUACUGAGAGUAACGUUGAUCCAGGACCCAAAGAAGAACCUUUUGAUGGAAUUGAAUUACAAAUUACUGCAGACGAAUUAGAUUUGAAAGCAGAUAUAGAAGGUACAACCGAAAAGGAAAUGUUGGCGCCUCUACCCGAGCUAUCAAAAUGGGAAGUUGAUGAUGACAAUGCUGAAAGGAAAGAACCGGGUGAAAUAACCUCGCCCGAUGAAGAGGAUUCGGGUAAAGUAACUUCAGAAGUUCUGAAGCGUGCUGAAAAUGCCAUAUUUGCUAAGGCAAUUCAUUCCCUCAGACCAAUCGAAAUAAAAAAAAUAAGUAGCGAUAGAGUCAAACUAUAUGACGAUGCCGCACAGGCGAAAGGUUCCAUGAAUAAUAUUCAAAUUACCGUUCCGGUAGCAGAUCCGGUACAUAGAUCUAUAGAAAUAAACGAUAAAACCAAGAAGAGAACAUCGAAAACUCCUCCACCUAGAUUGUCUGUAAAAGAACGAUUAGGUGGUAAAGUGGAUGACAUACGUAGAUCGAGAGAACCACGUGUUGUGCAUAGUACAGUAGAGCGAGUAAAAUCUCGGUCUAAAACACCUAAAAAGGAACAACCGUAUCGUAGAGUAACUGUUGAUAGAGAUAGAAGUAAAAAGCCGGAUUCAGUCAGCAGAAUAGAAUCAAAAGGGGAGAAGCCUCGUCUGAUAGCGGACGCCAGGGGGUUGCAAGAGAAAUUUUCAAGUCGUAGUCCAAAUCGUGAUAAAAAACGAAAAGACAUUGAUAAAGGUGGAAGGGAGUCUAAAAAGAUAAAGUCUGAACCAGGUGUCGAUUCUCGCAGUCAAGAGAAAGGUACGUCUAGUACCGUAAAAACGACUGCUGAACGAGAGAGAAAGAAGUCCACCUUGGACGAAGCACACUUUGAGCCUGAUUACGACGAGACAGUAGAGUCUGAUCAUGAAGGAAAAGAUGAUGCUGUCGGUAAAAAGCGCGAACGGUCGAUGUCACAAACUGUAACCAGUGAAGUGAAAAAACCUAAACUAGAAGAAGAAACAAUCAAACUAGAUUUAGCUAACGUUAAAAAGAAACCUGAUACCGAAAGUGAAUCGUCAAGUGACUCUGAUACAUCGUCAUCAUCCUCUUCAGAUACCCGUAAACGUAAGAAGAAAAAGAAGCGUAGUAGCAAGAAAAAGAAGAAACGAGCCGCUAGCGACAGUGAUAGCGAUUCUGACUCCGAUUCUGAUGACCACAAGAAAAAGAAAAAGAAACGUAAGCAUAAGAAGAAGUCUAGUAAGAAAAAGAAAAAAUCUAAGCAUAAGUAAGUGCUACCGAUACGCAAGCUUAAUUUUAACAUUAUGUUCCUUUUAUUUUGUUCUCACAAUAAUUAAGAUUUUUAUGGGAACAUUAUCUUUACAAUUUCUACAGUAGGUACCUACUCCAUAAAAAAUGCACUUACUUCAUAGUUGUAAAAUGUAAUAAACAAACUAUUAAAUAAUAAACAUAUUCUGAUGGUAUCAA